GAUGAUGAUGAUGAUGAUGAUGAUGAUGAUGAUGAUGAUGAUGAUGAUGAUGAUGAUUCGGAUGAUGAUGAUGAUGAUGAUGAUGAUGAUGAUGAUGGUUAUUUGACCCGUAAAUCGAUAUGA